AGCCUUCAAGAAGGCCCAGAGCCCAGAGGCUCCCACUCGUGUUCGAACAUGGCGACCCGGCUCGCGCGAACAACCGCGACAUCUCCGAGAACAUGGUAUCUGAUCCGGAGAUCGGCGGCGCUAGUGGCCAGUGGUGGGUCCAGCCCUAGGUGGGCCUCCUCCUCCUCCUCUUCUUCAUCAAAAUUGUCACCGUCGUCAUCGUCGAGCACAUCUUCCAAGGCAGAGAAGAAGCUUGUGGACCGUCUAUCGACCGUCAUAGACGCCGUCAACGAUCGUAAACUCCCUCCUGAGCUUCGUGGCCAACGCAACUCUGUCAGAUCAGAAACUGAUAUAAUAAACGUUGUGGAGCAAAGAAUAUGGCACUCCAUGGAAGAAGGGCAGUUUGAGAAUUUACCGGGGAAAGGAAAACCACUCAACCUUAGCACAAAUCCUCAUGCCGACCCAGCAGAAGACACCUAGAGCUUGGGGAAGUAGAUGCAAUGGAGAUUCCUCUAAAUGGGUUGAGACUUCAGAGGCUCUAAAACUUCAGUUACGGGGUAUCAAUGAUAAGGUUUUCCGGUAUAACCUGAUUGUUCCGUUUGGCCGACAAAUGUGUGGACUGAAGUGGGAGAAGGAGAUGGAUCGCAUAAAAGAGUGAUCUUCUAUCUCCUUCUUGUUCCAAGAAGGUUGUAAUCAAUCUAAAUGUUGGCUUUUCUCUAGAGGAACUGGAUGUAUGGUAUCAUGUACGUUAAUGACCGUUGGCAACUGCUUUGUUCUUUUAUGCUCAUUACAGUUGAAACGAUUUUGUAGAACAAGUUUCCACCAGUAUCCAGAGACUCUGAUCAGGACUCGACUAA